GAAGACCUGCGCGGGAAAUGCAACACAAUCCGGAAGUGUCUGUUCCGUUCAAAUUUUCUCUUUCUGUGUCCAAUUUGUAGGCUAACGUUCAGCUUUCCGCUUUGGCCAUGUAUUCUGUACUUAGCUAGCAAUGCAGGCAUAUGACGGAGAUGUCAGUGACUCCCUUGUGGAGUACCAGAGAGCUGUACGAGAUCGUGCCAGUGAGACCCACAAUGAGCUACAUCACGCCCUCAGUGCGCCCUACCCAGGCCAGACCUCCCCUCCCAGAAGUGGUGCAGGCCCAGCCCAUACAGACAUAUCCCCAGAGGCUUUAGCCAAGCAGGAACAGGUCUAUCAGACCGCAGUGGACCGACUGCGAAACCUUUUGCAGAAACCCUCAGGAAGCCCAUCAAGAAGUAGGACAGGUUCCAAACCACCGACUUCUCCUGGAAGAGGAAGAUCACCAUCCAGACAGCCCCUGUUCCCAGCAUCCCCUGACAAGUUUGGGGAUCCUCACUUUGUCCCAGUUUCUCCCAUCAAGCACCUGGGGGACAGAGGUCAUGACCUUCCCCCUGCAGAGGAGCUGGUCCCACUCCUGACCACCCAGGACAGCUACAUCCAGCAGCUGGAGGCAGAGAACAGAUAUGUGAAGGAGGAACUGUCACUGCUGAAGGGCAGAGUGAAAGAAGUCGUAGAUGAGAACCAGAAACUGCAUGAGAGUCUGAAGGCUCGGCACGUGGCUGCCACCCUUGAUGAGGAGCUGGGAAUCCCACAGCAGACCCAGGAGAAUGUACCUGCCACAAACAUUGGUGUGGACAGUACAGUACCAGGAGCAGAGAACCUGGCUAGGGCAGGAGAGAUGAAGGACAAGGACUUGUUCCAGAAAUGGCAAAAAGAACUGGAGAGGCUUAAAGCCCUGUAUACAGCCAAGACAGGGCAACUAGAAGCUCAGCUAAAAGCUACAAAGUCAGAACUUGGCAGGAAAGAGGAGGAAUGUGACGCCCUUCAGGGCAAGGUCAGACAGCAGGAGUCCCUGGGCCUGCUGGGUCCAGGUGUUGGGGAGACCAGACAGGUGGGAGGGGUGUGCAUCAGGUGUGCACAACAGGAGGCCGUGCUGUCUGGUACACAGGUGGGAACUCUGGAGCAGAACCUGCAGAGGGUAACCAGAGAGAGGGAUGAGUUGAUGGACGCCCUGUCCCAGACACGCUCGCUGCUGUCCGAGAUGAAGCAGAGAGAGGACGAGGCUUACGAGCAGGUGAAGCAGAGUGUUGCACUCGUGGAGCAGGCGCAUCUGGAGAAGACUGAGGCUCUGGUGCAGAGAGCACAGGUGACUGAGGAGUUGGCCAAUCAAAGGAAGAGGCUAGAAGACAUCAUCAAUGACACAAACAGGAGGGUGAAGGGAGAGAGAGAGGCAGUCCAGAGGGAGUACCAGCAGCAAGUGGAACAGCUGAAAAACAAGAUGUCCUCCCUGGAGAAGUCUCAGCUUGCCCUGCAGGCUGAGUUGGACCAGGCUGCCAGGGACAAGGCUUCUCUGCAGUCUGAGCUGGACGAGACUAAAGGACACCUCUCUGCACAGGGAAUGGAUGUGGACACGAUGUCAGAUGGGGUACAGAGUGACCUGUCCAGGGCUGUGAGGUCCAAACACGAGGCAGAACAGGAGAUGACCAGACUCAAGCAGAAGCUGGAGAGGGAGAGAAAAGACUGGGAUCAGGAGCACUCCCGGCUGUCAGACGAGGUAACCGAGCUGCGGCGGAGACUGCGGCAGGCUGAGAAGGAGGCCAUGGACAGCAGGGAGGAGGGGGUGCACCUGACAGAGGCCAUGAAUGCCCUGCAGAGAGAGGCAAACCUCGCUCGCAUGGAGAAGGAGAGCAUAGAACGGGGCCGCAGUGAUGACCUGAAGGAAGCCAUUGAGCAUGCUCAGAGGAGAGAAAAGCAGCUCAUAGCUGAGAUGGAACAAAAGGAGAGGCAACAAGCCCAGUCCUCAGUAGACCUGGACACUCUGGUGACCACCCAGAAGGAUCUGAUCUCCCGCCUCAGGGAGGAGUGUAGAGACCUCACCACCAAACUGGAGGAUCUCGGCGACAGGUAUAGGUCUGAUGUUGGGCGGCUGUCUCAGCUAAACGAGGAGCUGUCCUCGCGGCUGGGGAAGGUGGGUGAGCGGGAGAAGAGUCUGGAGCAGCAGUGUGUGGAACACGGCCGUCUGCACCAGCGCAUGAAGACACGGCUGAAACAGAUGGACCAGCAUGCACAGAACAGUGCACAGCAGGUGCUGGAGCUGCUGACUAAGCAGAACGGCCUGAUGCAGGACCGGCAGUCGCUGUGCCAGGAGGUGGAGUUCCUCCGCAGCCAGAUGACCAACCCCGACUCUUUCAUGGGCACAAGUCGUCAAAGACCCUCCUUAAGCAUUGACAAUGGUCUGGUGGAUUUGUGACACUGAUGUAGCUAGUUGCUGGUGUAUCUGUCUCACUGUGUCUGUCUAUGUUUGUCUUUGACCUACUCGCAAAGAAUCCUGUAUUACACAAUCUUUUGCAACCAGUGCCUAAUGGGCAUCUCCUCUCCUUGAGUUACCCUGGUUAGUCAGGCAGACCACUUAGAGCACAAUUUAGUCAGGCUACUCUCAAAGCAAGUCUGUCUCUGCCUCGUUUGACCAGGGCUAGUGAAAAACAACAACAUCAGGACCUCAAGUUGCAAGUGUCAAUGUUAACAGUAGGCAUAAAAUGGCCAUAUCUUUGUAGUUACAGUGAAAAAGAGUAUUACAUGUAGUAGUAAAAUUAUCUGAAGCCAAAUGUGCUGUUUACAAUUAUAUGUAUAUGUUCAUGUUCAAUGUCUGUUCUUUGUGAAAUGUAUAUUACUAGUAACUAAGUCAAUGUGAUGCAAGUUGUUUUGUGCACCCAGUGCUGUAACUUGUUCCAAAUAAGAUUUUCCAUAACAGCUUUGGAUGAGAUGCAAGAAUUGUAUUUGAUGCAGACUCUGUAGGCUUGGGUUAACUUUGUUUUGGACCAAGGAAGUCAAUUGAUAAUACAUGUAUGUAAAAUAGCUUGUUUCUAAGGAUCACUUUGACUAGUUUGUGGACACAUUGUACAAUGUAUAGCAAAGACCCUAACAGUGUUGGCCAUGACUAUUUUGAGGAAAUACAGGAGAUCUUCUAAAUCUACGUCCUGAUAUCUAUUCAAAAUAAUGUAUCGGUUAUCACAAGAUGAAAGUAUUGGACCAGGCAGAAAUCGUUUUUCAUUUUGGUGUUAUUUAUUUUCUCAUUUGUAUAUUUGUAUAGAGUAACUUUGAUAUGAAAAUAGUAAAUAUUUUUAGGAACAGACAUUUAACCUAAUAAAAAGCAUUCUUCAAAAUUAUAGAUUAGAACACCAUACUUGUAUGUUAAAGAGCUGUCAUUAAAAGCAGGAUCUUUACACGAUGCCUGAGCACUAAUUCUUAACUGUACAUAAAUAUAUAGUUUGCAGUAGAAAGUAAAAAGGUCAGUUAGGAUUUCUUCUUUUAAGUUUUCUAGGAUUUUAUACAUAAAAAAUGUAAAAUCUGGCCUUAGCAAGUACAUAGCUCACAUAUUGUUCAAUAAGCACUUAAGUUUUUCAUCUAUCAGCACAACUAUAUUCAGCAUGAUGAGAAUUGCUAUAGAUCAUAUCUGAGCAUUAAAGCCAUGGCAGCUGACCCUCAAAAGUAGCUUGAAUUUUAUCAUGCUGCUAGUUCUGGUAGGACACAGGAUACUUUGGCAUCCAUGGUACACAUGUACAAUCAAGCUCUGACCACCUCUGCAUUAUUAAUACA